CGGAGGAAACGAGUAGCGGGGAGAGAAAAAAAAAAAAAAGAGGAGGGGGAUGUUAUUGUAUGUGCAUCAUGUGGCUGCUUCCUCUUGUUAAACCCUUUAAGCACCACAUCACUAAAAUCAGACUGCGAAGAGGCAGACAGGAGAUUCACAUAUACAGCCUGCUCCUCCUCCUCCUAGCAGCCUCUGGAGACGUGUCCUGUGCUCCUGAAAGCUUCAGGUCCCCAGAGAUCACUACAAGCUACAGAUCCUCCUCCUCUCCCACCUCCCCAGCUUUCUCUUUGUGCGUGUUACUCCUGAAUCCCCUAGCAGAGAGAUCUCAUUCUUCUAAUCGCACUAAGUAUCCACUCUCCUCCUCCCACACCUCAACAUCUCUAGCCUGGAUUAUUUUUUUCUCUCUCUAGCUGCAAUCUCCUUCUUCGGAGAAGGAAAAGGGGGGGUUGGUGGAAACAUCUAAUUUCCCCUUUGGAAAGCCCUGGGAAUUUUCCAGCUUCAUCAUUCACUCUACGCUGCUUGAAGAGAGCUAUACCAUCCACAUCCCAUUUUUGUGAACUUCUGGCUCCCCCUUGUUUCUUCCAUUAAUUUUGCAGAGCUUCCUUUUGCAUCCAGUACUCCUUUGGAUUUUUUGGAUUUUCUUUCAUUGCGGGUUUUCACCCUUUCCUUUUUUUUUUCCUUUUUAAUUUUUUUUUUUAAACCCACCCCUCCCCCUUGGUGCCCACCGUGCUUUGCUAUAUUGUGCAUCAUGAGGCUGACGAGGAACAGACGCUUUUCACCCCAGGGACUGGAGCAGGAGCUUAACCCACCGGUCAGGAACCCCUUUGUGCAUGACCUGCGCUUCACCCCACUGCAAAAAGCCAAAAUCUUCUUCAUGACGUUGACACUAUUUCCUAUCCGCCUCUUCUUUGCGGCCUUUAUGAUGCUUCUGGCUUGGCCUUUUGCCUUUGUCGCUGCAAUGGGCCGUACUGAGAAACAGCUUGAAAUGCCCCUCUCAUGGUGGAGAAAGUUAUUGGACAUUGCUUUAAAAGCAAUCAUGAGGGCAAUGUGGUUUGCUGGCGGAUUUCACUGGGUGACGGUGAAAGGAAGACAGGCUUUACCAGCAGAAGCUCCCAUUCUGACCCUUGCUCCUCAUUCUUCUUACUUUGAUGCCAUUCCAGUAACUAUGACGAUGGCUUCUAUAGUGAUGAAGGCAGAAAGCAAGGAUAUUCCAGUGUGGGGAACCUUAAUCAACUAUAUUCGGCCGGUGUUUGUAUCUCGCUCAGAUCAGGAUUCACGCAAAAAGACAGUAGAGGAGAUCAGGCGAAGGGCUCAGUCUAAUGGCUUGUGGCCACAGGUAAUGAUUUUCCCAGAAGGAACCUGCACCAACAGAUCUUGCCUCAUUACCUUCAAACCUGGAGCAUUCAUUCCAGGAGUGCCUGUACAGCCUGUGGUUUUAAGAUAUCCAAACAAGAUGGACACAAUAACUUGGACGUGGCAAGGGCCAGGAGCGAUGGACAUUCUUUGGCUUUCUUUGUGCCAGUUUCACAAUUAUGUGGAAAUUGAAUUUCUUCCUAUUUAUACUCCAUCUGAAGAAGAGAAGAAAGACCCAGCUCUUUAUGCACACAAUGUAAGACGUGUAAUGGCCAAAGCUUUGGGCGUAUCAGUCACUGACUACACAUUUGAAGACUGCCAGCUGGCAUUGGCAGAUGGGCAGCUUCGUCUUCCUUCAGACACUUCACUCUUGGAGUUUGCCAGACUUGUAAGAAGUCUAGGACUAAAACCAGAAAAGCUAGAGAAAAAACUUGAUAAAUACUGUGACAGUGCGAAGAAAAGGAAAGGUGAAAAGAUCAGCCUUAAAGAGUUUGCUUCAUAUUUAAAUGUUGAUGUCACUGAUGUAUUAGAGGACCUAUUUGUAUUAUUUGAUGAGAAUGAAAAGGGCACUAUUGAUCUAAGAGAAUACGUCAUUGCUUUGUCUGUAGUGUGCAGACCUUCGAAGACAUUAGAAACUAUUCAACUGGCUUUUAAGAUGUACCAAUCAGACACAGAUGAAACGAUAGUUGAAGAUGAUUUAACUGUCAUUUUGAAGACUGCAUUGGGCGUAUCAGAACUUAAUGUAACAGAUCUUUUCAGAGCAAUAGAUGAGGAAGGAAAAAAUAAAAUUACAUACGAUGACUUUGACAGGUUUGCAGCAAUGAACCCAAACUUUGCUCAAGAUUACCUUUAUCCAGAUCAGGUGGACUUGGCAAAGCAUGUGCAUAGCCAAAAUGCACCUGCACCUAAUGGCAUAUGUACAGAUUUUACACCAGACAACAUUGAACAGCUACAGAACAAUCCUGAAGAAAAGAAGCUUAACUAACAAUGGAAUACAUUGCCUCUCCUGGCGAGGGGUGUUUGUUUGCAGUACCUCUACUAAGGCUCUGAACAUUGUUGUUCUCACCUGUUAAUUAUAAUAAAUAUAUAUGUACCUGACUGUCCUUUACAGACUCAUUUCAGAUUCCAUGUAUCAUAUAUUACUCAGUACAAGUUUAAAUUGUUGUAAAAAUCAGUUUGAUCAUUCUUUACCUUAUUUGUUUUCUAGAAGAAAGUCUAAAAUGUUAAUUGCAGAUAUAAUGCAGGUCAGUUAUUGAACAACUAUCUGGUCUUCUGGUCUAUGUAAUGAUUAAAUACCGUAUAUGCACCUUUUUAUCGUAUUCAUGAUCUCAUGAUGAUCAAUAUGUCUGCCAUUAUUGUUGUAUGUAGCUUUAAAUUCCAGUUGAAUUUUUCUCUUUACCGUAUUUGUUUUGCAGUUUUCCGAUUGCACCUCUGUAUGGCACUUUGGAAAUGUAAAUUCUGCAUUGAAACACCAAAUCUAACCUGUCUCCUGAUAAGAUCCAACCAACACUCAUUUAUUUUCAUGUGCUGUACAGAGUGCAUGCGCAACAUACAAUGUCAAUUUGUUUCUGUAUUAGUGCACUUAAAUGAACUAGUUUACUUAGGGGAACAGUUGUUUUUUUUCUUAACAUCUUUAAUAACUAAUGGAUACAUUUUUUUUGGUGAGCGUUUAGUUUUAUUAAAUCUACAAAAACAGUACUUUGUCGAAUUAUACAGAGAGCAGCAUUGGUGUCCUCUUUAGAGAGGUUAAACUGCUUCUCUACACAAUACUCUAGUUUGCUAUUUUAGGUAAAUGGUUUACAAGCCUUUCAUUACCUCGAAGCUGUUACGGUGAUGAAGCUUAGUACAUUAAUAACAAUAAUGCUCUAAUAUUUUAUUAGGACUUAAAAUCUUCUUGAGAGCAGAAACUGUGUGAUCAAAUUUGAUGGAAACAUUUUUUUGUGAACUAAAAUUGCUGUCCCGUUUAAAAAACGUUACCUAAAUAAUGUUCUUCUGGGUUUACUCAGCUCUUAUUUUUUGAUUUGUUUAGUUAAUUCAAUAAUAAGAAUAAUCUAUUAAAUUGUUGCAAAUUGCUGUUGUUAGUUUGCUGAACAAAUGUUCAGACGUUAUAUAUGAUGUCAAUGAAGAAAUGUUUGAUCUCAGGUCAAUCGUGUGUUUAUGAUGUACACAGUGUAUGCCCAGGUUCCAUUUUUGAGGUCUUCAUAAGCUGUGCUUUGAUACCUCCUAUUUCAUCUCUACCUUUUUUUAAUAAAUGUCUCUAUUGUUUUCACCGUGUGCAUUCAGAUGCAUACAGUGCCUCCCUUUUCAUACAGUAAGUGCUUAAUAUGGAAACGUGCAGGACCAUAUAAGAGAGAGUAUUUUUUUAGAGUCUUCUGCAAAUCCAACAUAAAAAAAAACUUCAAAUCGCCACGUGAACUUCUGUGGCUAUGACAAUAAAUUCAGCACAAAACAAAAAAAGUGCUUUCUGCUUAAUCAUUCCAAGGGAAACUGUUGCUUUGAUUUUAAUUAAUUGCAACAAAUUUUAAGAAACAAUGAUGUGCCUCUGUUUGAUAGGUCCAUUGAAGUCCCCUUGAGUCCUAACAAACGGAACUUCAGAUACUAUUUGGAUACACAAGUCCAAAGCUUAUAAUCUAUAACACCUGUUCUAUUUGGAUGAGGGACUGAGUACCUGGAAAGGAGGCUCUGUACUGUGUGUGUAUAUAUAAAUAUAUAUAAAUAUAUAUUAAAAAAAAAAGUUUAAUACUGUAAAGGAAUGUGACCACUUUUCUUGUGUAAACUACAAAUGUGUGUAAACCUGGUAUACAGAAAGGGGUGUAUAGCAAAUACACAUCUUAUCACUAUUAACAUUUUCUUAAAACAGUUAUGUUUAUAUUGUUUUAUUAAAUAAUUCAUUCUCUACUGUAAAACUGAAAGUGUGUUUUAGUAAUAGGGUUCUUUGGAUCAAUGUUAGAAUUUAUGUCCAAACUGUAGUUCAGACUUUCUAAAAGAAAUAAAGUGGGCAUAAUAUUAACAUCA